AUCACAUCCUGUCUCCCUGUUCAUUUUCCAGUCUCCAUGACAACCAGAGGCUUGGAGGAUCUGGAUGGGGGCCUGGGCAGCUGUCUCCCCAGCAAUGACCUCCCAUUACUGGAGGAGCCACACUCAGGCCGGCGGCCAGACAGCAAGGCACGAGGGGCAUCCAGGCCAGCUGACUCUAGUAGCAGGACACAUGUCCUCCAGUACCCAGGGCCCGCUGGAGCCACAGAGAAAGAGCUGGCGGCCAAGGAGGGCCCAGGAACCAGCAGCAAAAGGACCCCGAAAGCUGAGACAAGUCCCCGGAGCAUCCCCGAGCACAGGAGUUCUCAGAUUGCACCUCCAUUGAAGCCACCGCCACCGCUGAGAGACGACCUGCCCUGGAGAGACUUGACACUCAACAAGUGCCUGGUGCUGGCCUCGCUGGUGGCGCUGCUGGGCUGGAUUCUCCAGCUGUGUCAGAAUGCAGUGGCUGGGGAGGUGGCGGUGGCUGCCCCUAAGCAGUGGGUCCCGCCCAGUCUUCCACCCAAGAAGCCAGCGGUGCUGUCCUUGCCUAAACCUCCGCUCUUGGUGCCCCAUUCCGGGCCUCCUGAGGCCAAGCCAGGGCCACCCGGGCCCCAGGCACUGAAACAGAUGCCUGAGGCUACAGAAGCCCAGGGGGAGCCUGAAGAGUCCAAGCAGGAAGCCUCUGGGGAGGAGCGUGCCCCCCUUGGGGACCGAGGGUCCCAGGAGAAGCCGCGGAAGGAGAAACCAAGGAAAGGAGAGAAGCGAAAGAAGGAGAAACCGAGGAGGGAGAAGCCAAGGAGAGAGGAGAGGCCGCGGGCCACCAGGGAACCCCGCCCAUCCCUGCCCCGGCGCUGGGAGGCGCGCGAAAGAGGCCACCAGCGGCAGACCUGGGCUCCCCGGCGAUGCCAUGAGCUUGACGACCGGCCCAGACAGAAGCCUCAUGGGGGCAAGGGGUGCGACUGAUCCUGCCUUG